AUGGCCGGAUCAAAGCGUAGCCGCGUCUUCUUCGACAUCUCCAUCGGCGGAACCAAUGCCGGCAAGGUCGUCUUUGAGCUCUACAACGACAUCGUACCAAAGACCGCCGAGAACUUCCGCGCUCUCUGUACCGGCGAGAAGGGCGAGGGAGCCCUGGGCAAGCCGCUCCACUACAAAGGCUCCAGCUUCCACCGAGUGAUCAAGAGCUUCAUGAUUCAAGGAGGAGAUUUCACGGCGGGCAAUGGUACAGGGGGCGAGAGCAUCUACGGGGAGAAGUUUGAGGAUGAGAACUUUGACCUCAAGCACAGCAAGCCAUUCUUGCUGUCGAUGGCGAACGCGGGACCGGGCACGAAUGGCAGCCAAUUCUUCGUGACGACUGUACCGACGCCGCAUCUGGAUGGAAAGCAUGUGGUAUUUGGUGAGGUGUUGGCUGGAAAGAGCGUGGUGAGACAGGUGGAGAACUUGCCUGUGGGAGCGAACGACAAACCAACUCAGGACUGCGUUAUUGUGGACUGCGGAGAGCUGCCUGCUGACGCCGACAUUGCCGAGCUCACUAAGAAGAAGGUGGACUCCACAGGCGACAGCUACGAAGACUUCCCGGAAGAUCAAAAGCCAGGGGACGAAGAAUGGAAGGGCACUGAGAUCGUGAAGAUUGUGGAGGACAUCAAGGGCAUGGCCAACAAGGCGUUCAAGAAUCAGGAGCUUCAAUUGGCUCUAAGCAAGUAUCAGAAGGCCCUUCGAUAUUUGCACGAGUAUCCCGAGCCGCUGGAGAACGACCCGAAAGAGUUAGGAGCGCAACUCACGGACUUGAAGGUCUCAUUGCACACGAACAGUUCUCUGAUGCAGUUCAAGCUGGGCCAGUACCGCGAGUCGUACGAGUCGGCAGAUAAGGCGGCUGCAGUACCAGGCAUCUCGAAUGAGAAGAAGGGCAAAGCUCUCUUCCGGAAGGGCAUCGCGUUGAAGGGGUCGAAAGAUGAGGAGGGAUCGCUUGAGUACCUCACGCAGGCGUCUGAGCUUGUCCCGGGCGACGCCGGCAUCAAGAACGAGCUGGCGGCGGUCAAGAAAGCUGCUGCGGACCGCAAGGCGAAGGAGAAGAAGGUCUUCUCCAAGGCGUUCGACGCGAUCUGA